CGAGGAGUGCAGCAGCGGUUCUCCCCGCCCUCCUCCUCUCCUCCGGUCCAACCUCUCUGCCAGGGAGCCCCGGCGACAGACCGCCAUCCAGCCGCCAUCCACCGUGGUCACCUCCUCCUCCAUCAGAGUCGCGGCCUCUUCUCUUCCACCUGCGUGGGUUGCUCCACGGGCCGGCCAGGGAGUUCUGAUUUUUUUAUUGCCGGGUUGGAGGACUCAUUUUAAUCUUUCUACUCCUGCUUCUAUUCAAGUCAAAUGGAGAAAAUGGCCAGACCUCUUCCCUUAAACCCAACUUUCCUGCCGCCGACUCACGGCGUCCUGAAGUCCCUGCUGGAAAACCCGCUGAAGCUGCCGUUUCACCACGAUGAAGGGUUUGGGAAGGAGAAGGAGAAGAAGCUGGACGAUGAGAGCAGCGCAGCCAGCCACCCACAGUCUGCUUUCCUCGGUCCGACUCUGUGGGACAAGACCCUGCCGUACGACGGCGACAACUUCCAGCUUGAAUACAUGGACCUGGAGGAGUUCCUGUCAGAAAACGGCAUCCCGGCCAACACGGCUCAGAGCGAGCAGGCCGCGCAGGCGGCACAACCAUCGCAGGUCCCCCUGCUGCAGGCCCCACCGCCCGCGUCGCCCACCCCCUCGGUGGUGGACCUCAGCAGCCGCGCCACCACGUCGGUCCACACGGCCAUGCCGCCACAGACCUGCCUGCGCAGCCCCAGCACCGCAAGUAGGAAGCACAUGCAGCCUGAUGUGCACGCACCGCCUUCAGCCAGAGACACUCCCAGUCCCAUCGAUCCGGAAUCCAUUCAGGUUCCGGUGACCUACGAGCCCGACCCUGCUGACUUGGCCCUGUCCAGCGUUCCCGGUCAGGAGAUGUUCGACCCCAGGAAGCGCAAGUUCUCUGCCGAGGAGCUGAAGCCACAGCCAAUGAUCAAGAAAGCUCGGAAGGUCUUCAUUCCUGAGGACCUGAAGGACGAUAAGUACUGGGCCCGGCGCAGAAAGAACAACGUGGCGGCCAAGCGCUCGCGGGACGCCCGGCGCCUGAAGGAGAACCAGAUCGCCAUCCGGGCCGGCUUUCUGGAGAAGGAGAACGCCGCUCUCCGGGUUGAGGUGGCAGACUUGAGGAAAGAGUUGGGCUGCUGCAAGAACAUUGUGGCUAAAUAUGAGGCGCGACACGGGCCCCUGUAACACCCCCCACAUAUCCCCGGCCCGUGAACCCCUUCAAGCAGAUAACCACUCUGCUCCCAGAACCUCCACCACCCUUCCAGUUUGAAAGACAAUGCGUCUCCUCCUUCUCCAACACACACCUGUAUGAUUAUGGUAUUUUAUCCUAAGCUUCAUCUCAUCUGCUCCUCUGGUUUCUGUACUCACUGUCUGACUAAAUAUACACAGAUGAAUAUAUAUAUUUACACGUGCAUCCCCCUAGACGCCAUAUUGUUUGUUCACUUUCAUACCGGUUUUUAUACAUAAGAUCAGGACUGAAAACCUUCAGUCUGAUGUGUCCUCUCACCUGCUUCACGUUUCUACCCUUUAUAGGACUCCUGAAGCCUCUUUAAUGCCGUAUUUUGACGUUUUGAUAGGACUUAAAUGUUUCUCCUGUGCAGUCUAGGAAUUUUUUUCCUUUGUUUAAUCUUAUGUUAUUUUUUCAUGAGCAAUAAUUUUAAACAUGUCUCCCUCCCAUUCAUUAACUUCUGCACUAACAAGCAUCACACAAUCGGAUCUGGUGCAACAUUUCCACUCACUUAAAGGAAAUUCCUCAUAUUUAUCUCCCUUUUAGUUCUCAGAUGGAAGAUUGUUGUUUUUAUAUCUAUAAAUAAAUAUAUAUAUUCUGUUAAUAUAAUUGUUAGUAUCAUUAUUACUCCUAUAGCUGUCAUUUAGCCUCCUUGUUUUCGGCUUAAAGCAUGAUUUAUCUCACAGAAGCUGUUUGAAUUAUUGUUUUCUUUCUAAUUGGAGUAGUUGUUGAUAAUUCUUUGGCAUGAUUAGUCCAAGUGUUUUUAUUUUAGGAACUGAUGCAGAUGUCUGUCUGUAGUGUCUCUGUGUUUGCCUUCUUUUCAAAGAUGGAUGUUUGAAUGUAGAAGAGAAAAAAGGUUGGAUGGUGUUGUCCAAUACUGUGGUUAACCCAAUCAGUUUGCUUCCUGCAGACCAAAACAUUAUAUUGUAUAUAGGCACAGGUCCAGAGAAUUAUUAAAAAGGCGUGUUUAGUAAAAUAAAUAAAUAUAGAGGUAUUUUGAUAUUUUAUUUGCAGGAAUGGGAAGGAAACUCAGCAGAACCCCAAAUUUUGUGGGCAUUAUUGUAAUCAUCAUCAACUUUAUUAUGAUCUCAACACUCCUUCUUAUGUUGAUGCCACUUUCAGGCCUCAUGUUCACCAAUGUUCACCAAACUCAAAAGGAAAAAGGCACGCAGCCCGAAACCUAAUGGCUCUGCUUUAUUUCAGCGUUUUAUUUCACCCUUUUAUUGUUUUUUGUGCAGCUUCUUUUCUGAUUGGAUGGGAUGACGUUACUAUGACGGAAGGGAAAUCUAUAGGUGGAUCUUGCUGCUGCUCUGUGAUUUUUAAAAAAUUUUUUAUGCCCAUGGAGUUGUAGCGUGUCCCUGAACCCGAGUGAUGAACACUGGAAGACUUGUUGUUGUUGCUGUUUUAUUAAUAAGCUUACAUUGGAGUCCCUUCAUGUUAACCGGGCUUAUGAGUCAAGUUGUAAGCAGCCGAACUGUCUAUUCUUCAGUCUAACAGGAGAAAGGUUGCGAUUUAUGUUUCACAACGCUGAUUAGGAUGUUUUCAGGUUAAGUAUAGAAGUCCGGAGGUGCCAAAAUUAUUGCAUGUUUCUGCAUAUACAUGAAAAUCAAAAUUUUUCAAAUCUCUGCAAUUUGCUUUAACUGUCCUGCAAUCCAUCCUGACCCGUUUUAGACAAAUUCCUUUUGAACGUCUGUAGUCUCAGUGCAGCUCAGGGGGUGUAUGUAUGCCACUAAUGCCGGUUGAUUCAUAUUCUGCACAUACCAAAGAUUGUAGUGGAAGCAUUUUCUUGCCAUCUAGUGGUCAGGGUUAUGCCCAGUUACUGUCACAAAUCUGCAACUUAAUACAAGAUUUUAUAUAUUGAUAAAUAAACCAGCUCUGCUUAAUUUAACAUCUGGUUGAUUGGUUGACGUUUUUUUUAUAUUUGGCAUGUCUGGACUUCCAUAUUUGCCUCCUGAUCUAGGGUCUGCGGUAUCUUUAAUAUAUUGUUCUUUUAAAGGUUGGUAACAACAUCCUGAAAACUCAUAUUCUAGUCUGAGACUUAGGAAUGUUGAUCCAAUCCAAAGGUGUGUGGGAUAAUAAAUGAUAAUUUUUUUAACCCAGAGUUAUCAGCUGUCACUGAUGCGCUUUAGAGGCUGCUUUCCGUCAGCACAGAUACACUCGAGUAGACCAAAAAAAAGCCUCAAACCUCCAGAGCAUCGUUUUAUUUCUUAUAACUACACAGGAAAAAGCCAAUAAUGAAUCCAUAUCUCAAACUUACUUCACUUGUGGAGUGAUCUCACUACCUCACCUGGAAAUAUGAACCAUAAUUGUGAGUCUGUUCCAGUGCCUUUAAUUGACUGACUGUUUCCUGGUCUCUCAGCAGUGUAGACUUGUUAUCCCAGCACCACCCUGAUGACUUCAAAACUGCACCGAAGGGCUUCUUGGUGCAUUCAAACCUCUAUAUUUACAGAUACUCGUUAUUUUGGACUUGCAGCAGAUUUGUAACCAUUGUAUUCAAGGCAACACCAACAGACUGUUUCAGAGUGUAUUUAACGUGCAGCAUUAAGGAGUAUUACAUCAUUUAUUUGUGCUGUUCAGCUGUCAGCCUCUCUGUCUGUAAUUUCUAGUGUCUAAUAAAAAUCCUUGUUCUUU